CUCGAACUCUGAACUGAGCGAACAUGAGUGCACUUGAUUUGACUUCCAUCCUUGAUUUUCUGGAAACGGCCAACUUGACAGAGAUCAACUGGACGUGCAACAACGGUGACUGCAUCACGGUUGAUGCGACAACAUGCCCUGGCACGCUCAACAAAAGCGCCCUGCUAUACACCCUGUCCUUCUUCUACAUUUUCAUCUUUGUCAUAGGGCUGGUGGCCAACUCGGUUGUGGUGUGGGUCAACCUCCAAGCCAAAAUGACUGGCUAUGAAACCCACCUCUACAUUUUCAAUUUGGCUAUUGCCGAUCUGUGCGUUGUCAUCACCCUUCCGGUGUGGGUCGUCUCCCUCGUCCAGCAUAACCAGUGGUACAUGGGAGAAAUCACGUGCAAGAUAACUCACCUUAUAUUUUCCAUCAACUUGUAUGGCAGCAUCUUCUUCCUGGCGUGCAUGAGCGUGGACCGCUACCUCUCAGUUGCCUAUUUCACCAAUUCCAGCAAUCGCAAGAAGAAGAUAAUCCGUCGCUGCAUCUGCAUCUUAGUGUGGUUCCUUGCCUUCUCCGCGUCUCUCCCGGACACCUAUUAUCUCAAGACCGUCUCUUCCAACAACGAAACCUAUUGCCGUCCUGUCUAUCCAGAGGAGAGCUUCAAAGAGUGGUUGAUUGGCAUGGAGCUCAUCUCCAUCGUGCUGGGCUUUCUUAUCCCUUUUCCCAUCAUUGCUCUCUUUUAUUUCCUCCUGGCGAAGACCAUCUCCACCUCCAGUGACCAAGAGAGGAAGAGCAACGGGAAGAUCAUUUUCUCCUACGUGGUCGUGUUUCUUGUCUGCUGGCUACCCUACCACAUAGCUGUCCUUCUUGACAUCUUCUAUAGCCUUCACUUCAUACCUUUCAGUUGUCAGAUGGAGAACUUUUUGUACGCCACCCUUCACAUCACUCAGUGUUUCUCUCUAGUCCAUUGCUGCGUCAACCCCAUCCUUUACAGCUUCAUUAACCGCAACUACAGAUACGAGCUCAUGAAAGCUUUUAUUUUCAAGUACUCUGCCAAAACUGGUCUCACUAAACUUAUCGAUGCUUCCAGAGUGUCGGAAGCAGAAUACUCUGCUCUGGAGCAAAAUGCCAAAUGACUGCAACCCCAUAAAGAAACCUUGACUGUUUGACUUGGGGGUUUUCCCCCUUUUGCCUGUGCUUGUAACGAACGGGGCGUGAAUUCCAGCCUACAAAAGAGAAAUAGCAAACUAUGACUUAAGAGUUAGAAUCAGGGGUGAAAUGGAAGUGGUACCAAAAUUACGCCUUUUGGUGGUGUGUUGUUUGAUCUCUUCUUGCCCCAGCCUGGACUUCUCGACAACGCUAUGCAAAUGGAAAGGACUCUCUAGCAGACAAAGCCAUUGUGUACCAUAGAUAACAUGCAUUUCCAGGAUAAGCUUUUUCUUCCACGUCUAGAUUCCCCUCUCGUCUCCUUGUAUAUGUUAUAUAUAUAUAGUGUGUUGUAUUUAAAAGCUCGAGACUUUAUUUUCUGGCUCUUGGUGUACCUUAUACAAUUGUAUUUGAAAGUUAAAUAUAUUUUUAUCAUGUAUUUGGAGUAUAUUGCUGAUGAGUGUAUCCAGAGUGCUGUAGUCUGAGUGUUAGAUUGCCGUUUGGUUUUAAACUGUCGUAGGUGAGAGGAUGCCGAUAAUUAGCAGUAUGGAAAUGAUCUCUUAGGUGCAUCCUCCCUGGCUGGCACACUUUAUCGACUGUAGCUUCAUGUGGUGGUCAUACCCGCGUGUCUGGAGCAUGAAAUGUAUGUCCUGUAAUAUAGUUACCGUCAUGUUAAAAUUAUCAGUAUUGUAAGAGUUGGUAACUCCUACGCCCGUACUUCACAAAGCUGUAUCCUUAUGCACAGAAUGAAUGAUCUUACUUCGGAGAGUUGUCUCUAUUUGUAAGUUAUUUUUGUAAAAUAAAGAUCUGGGGAGAAAAAAAA